AUGGUCAAUGAUUUAGAUGUGAUUCAAACCAUUUACCUAACGAAGAGCAAACAAUUCAGAGAUCGGCCAAAAUUCUUCCUCAACGCCAAACCCUUCGUGUCUUCACUUUUAGCCCUCAGAGGAGAGCGUUGGCGUCAAGUCCGACGAGUUAUGACUCCUUUCUUCACUCACCAUAAGAUCGCUUCUGAAGAGAUUACGGAUAUUAUCAACAAAUCCAUUGACACAUGUAUUGCAAAUAUUAUGACACAAACGGAACAAAGAGUUAAAGUGGAGGAUAGGAUGCAAUCAAUAACUUUAGACAUCAUUUGUAAGGUUGGGCUUAAUAUGCAUGACACAGAUGUUCACGAAGACAACAGUGAGUUAAGAAGUGCGGCCAAGGAGUUCAUGGUAUCGGCCACUAAUGUGGUGGUCAUAUGCGCCUCGUUUUUCCCAUUCCUGAGACCAAUCCUAUCCUUUAUUAACAAUUACCUGACGGCCGGACGUAUGACUGAUUGGAUUUUGUGUCAUCUCAACAAACAAAUCAAAAUCGAAACUCAGAACUUGUCAACGGAUCCAAACUAUCUAAUGAAUACACCAUUAAAAUCAAAUAAUGUCCUGAAAUCGAUGUUAAGAUGUUUUCUGGAGAAAAGUCUUGAAAGAGACGAACUGACGGGUAAUUCACUUCUUCUGCUGUUAGCCGCUUCUGACACCACGGCUAUGGGUCUGACGUAUGCUUUGUAUUGUUUGGCGAAAAACCCAGACAUUCAGCAAAAACUUCGCUCUGAAAUCUAUUCACACGGAUAUCAAUCACAUUACGUCGAUAUGGUAUGGAGUGAAUCCCUCCGUCUGUUCCCACCCGUCACUACUUUCGUCCAAAGAGAAGCUGCAGAGGACGUCGUCGUCAAUAAUAUAUUGAUACCAAAGGGGGUGAUAGUACAGGUGCCCGUCUGGCACAUACAUCACGACCCAAACAUAUGGCCAGAGCCUAACAAAUUCAAUCCGGAAAGAUUUGCGCCACAAAAUAGAUCGGGUGAUGAGAAGCACUCCAUCCGCGAGUCUUUCCUGGCGUUUGGUUUGGGUGUCCGCACGUGUAUUGGCAUUGAGUUGGCCCGACAUGAGGCCAGACUCACGCUCUCCGCAAUUGUCCACAAGUUCUCAAUUGAAUUAUGCGAUCAAACACCUGAUCCACUGGAACUCCAUUGUCCAGCAGAUAUCUUAUACCCAAAACAAGCCCUCUAUUUGCGAUUUAUUCCGUUGACUCAAUGA